UCCCGCGGCCGGUCUCCAGCCCGCGCAAGUGCGCGGCCCCGCGCUGACUCGGCCGGGAAGAUGGUGGCCAAGCUCCGGGCUAGGAAGCUGGCGCGGCGGUACCGGGCGGCGGCAGCGGCCGCCUUGGCUAUCCUGGCCGUGCAGGCGCUGGCCGUGUGGAGCUUCAGCGGCCUGGAGGCGGAGGACAAGACAGGGAGGGAUAAGAGGACCAAACUACCUGACAGCAAUGAGGUGGACAGUUCUGACAGCCGACACCUGGGGCCCAGCCGACGGCACAGUGCAGGCAGACAGGCCGUGGAGCGUCCGAGCAGCACAGCCAGUGUACUGAGGACUAGUUUACUGAGGCGGAAACCUGCAGUGCGGCACUGGGUUGGUCCAAGAAUCCACUUCAGCAACGUUAUUCAGAGCAAUCUCUCCAGCAGCAGAAACGUCAGUGAUGUAAAAGGAGACUCAAAGAACAAUGAUGUUGGCAGCGUAGAAGGAGCCUCUCAGCCCACCAGCAAUGACUUCUCUCCAAACUGUGAUGUUGUAGGGAAGGAUGCCUUGUCUGCAUUGUCCAGGGCGACCACUCAGUCGUGCCAACAAGAGAUCGCCAAUGUGGUCUGCUUACACCAGGCUGAGAAACUGAUGCCACACUCUGUACCUCGUUUCUGUCGCCUCUCAGGGAAACCGAACAGCAUCAUCCAAUGGGAAGAUGGCAGUGUGGAUCCAACAUCCAUCCAAAAUCCGAUUAGAAUUGCAUACGUCCUUGUCGUUCAUGGCAGAGCCAUCAGGCAGCUUAAGCGGAUGAUCAAAGCCAUCUAUCACCAGCGCCACUUCUACUACAUCCAUGUUGACAAGCGCUCUAACUAUUUGCACAGAGAGGUUAUGCAACUGGCACAGCAAUACCCAAACGUCCGUGUAACUCCAUGGCGGAUGGUCACAAUAUGGGGAGGGGCAAGUCUACUGAAGAUGUACCUGAACUGCAUGAAGGAUCUACUGGAAAUUACUGACUGGCACUGGGACUAUUUCAUUAACUUGAGUGCCACCGACUACCCCACCAGGACAAAUGAUGAGCUGGUGGGAUUCCUCUCCAAGUACAGAGGGAAGAACUUCCUGAAAUCACACGGCAGGGAUAAUGCCAGGUUUAUCAAGAAGCAGGGUUUGGACAGACUCUUCCACGAAUGUGAUAAUCACAUGUGGCGCCUUGGAGACAGGCAAAUUCCAGAGGGCAUUAUAGUGGACGGCGGUUCCGACUGGUUUGCUCUGACUCACAAGUUUAUUGAUUAUGUGGUGUACUCGCAGGAUGAGUUGGUCACACAACUGAAACAGUUCUACUGGUACACACUGCUUCCAGCUGAGUCUUUCUUCCACACUGUAUUGGAAAACAGUUUCAUGUGCGAUACAUUAGUGGAUAACAACCUGCGAGUCACCAACUGGAACCGAAAGCUGGGCUGCAAGUGCCAGUACAAGCACAUUGUGGACUGGUGUGGCUGCUCACCAAAUGAUUUCAAGCCGCAAGACUUCAUAAGGCUUCAGCAAAUGACGAGACCGACAUUUUUUGCCAGGAAGUUUGAAUCAACAGUUAACCAGGAGGUGAUUGACAUCUUGGACUCACAUCUGUAUGGAAACUACCCCACUGGGACAGCAGCUCUCAAAGCCUACUGGGAGAAUGUCUUUGAUCAGAUGGAUGGGGUGAGCAGCCUCACCAAUGCUGCAAUUACCAGCUACCUGAUUUUCUUCAAGCUGGCCCUGAGCAAAGUGCAGGCGUGGCUACAAGGAACAGGCAGCUCCUGCAGGUAUGAACCUUUGGGCUAUCCUCUCUCUGUUCACCUUUACUUCUACGAUGAUCAAUUCCAAGGUUAUUUAGUGAUGCAGCAAGUUAAGAAUGUGACCACCGGGCAGAAAGAAACUCUGGAGAGCUGGGUGUCGCCUCGAACCAUGCUGCAUCUGGCAAACACUGACCCAGAACUUGGCCGACUGCAGAGCCUUGAGAUGGGAACAGAUUGGGACCCCAAGGAGCGGUUGUUCCGGAACUUUGGUGGUCUAAUUUCACCCUUCGAUGAGCCCAUUGCGAUGCAGAAGUGGGCCAAAGGGCCUAACAUGACUGCCACGGUGGUGUGGAUAGAUCCAACGUACAUCAUUGCCACCUCCUACGACAUUACAGUGGAUUUUGAGGCCGAGUACACCCAGUACAAGCCCCCGUUACACCACCCUCUGCGGCCGGGGAGCUGGACAGUGCGAGUGCUGCACCAAUGGGUCCUGCUGGCAGAAACCAAGUUCCUGGUGAUUCCUCUGGCCUUCAGUGGCAAUCGGCCUCUCAGAAAAGGACAAGACCAGUGGCUUCAUGGUGGGCCACCAAACAAUGAAUACAUGGAUCAGAGCUUCCAGCGCCUCAGUGGGAUAUUGAAUCUCCCUCCAUCUGACUUUGCUGAGAAGGAGGCUCUCCAUAACUCUCAGCUGGUUGGUGAGCAGCUGGAAUCGUGGAUAUAUGAGAGUGUAAGCAAGUUCUGGUCAGCCACUGAGUCCUGUGCAGUAGAGCCUUCGCUUUGUCCUGCACUCCAACCCUGUCGGAAGACAACCUGGAGUUCUCUAUCCGAUGACCCCAAAUCUGAACUGGGUCCAGUGAAAGAUGAUGGGCGCCUGAGGUAGCAAAGGAGGGUGGUUGGGGUGAGUAUUUGGCAUAGGACUCAACCGAGUAGAAAGAAACCCAUCUCUGGGCUGGUGUGUUAGUCCAGUGGUUUGUCAAGAGUGGCACUGGUACAUACAAGAAUGACCUCAUUGUGUUAAAAGGACCGAACAUUUAACGCGAGGCUUAGGGGGAUGGAGAAGCAGUUUCUUCGAGUACCCUGGAUCAACCACUCCAAUGCAGCACAGAAGUUCAGCAGGAGUUGCACUGAGGUGUCUGUCCCCGGCACGAAGGCUGUGAGAGGAAUGAAAAGACAGUGGUCCCUGGUAGAGCGGCUCAGAACAGAUCUGAGGACAACCUCAUUAUUCCCAGUUUCACACAACUGCCUCUGAAAUCAUUGUCCCUCAGCACUUCUGCUAUGAUGUUUUGUGAUUGUAAUUUAGCGGGUUGUUACUGAAAAGAGUUAAUGCAAUGAUUUGAUAGUUUGAAAGCCAUUACCUUAUCCCUCAGCGGACGAGAAUCACUAACUUCAGAUACUAAAGAUUUAUUUGCACAUGGCCUGAACUACAGAACUCUAAAUAAAGACGCAACUUUUAACAACAUUCUAUCUUUAGUUUGUGCUCACCAUCUGUGAUGGGCUACAGAGCACUUUCCAUGUCAGGCAGACAGUGUCAGCAUCAAAACUCUCUUUGGGUGCAGUGGUAAAGAAGGAUUGGUACUCCAGACACCAGAAUUUAAAUCCCACCAUGAUCCCUGUGAGGUUUAAAUUAAUCUGAAAUUAAAAAUUACUAAUGAUUGCAAAACUACAUUGCAACACCUCAUCAUGCUCACUAAUGCCCUUCGGGAGACAACACGUUGUUCAUUAAGACCCUCUAAAGUUGGUGGCUCUGAAAUGCCGCGGCAUGUCAUUCAUCACCAUAACUGUUCGAAUGAAAAUCGCACGCCCAACAUCGACCAAGCCACCAAAUUCAGAUACGGUAAAGAUUUCCUCGUUAACAUUGAGGGACUAGUGUCUCAAUCGGAGGAACUGUCUCACAGAUCAAUCAAGCAGUUGGUGUCAUCAUCAACACCUCAAACACAACGUGUCAAUCUAUUCUUUCACAAUCCACUAGAACAGGACAAUCAGACCAGACAAAGUGGCAUGAUGAUAUAUUGACAGAGACAGUAGCUCUUGGAAUCCUCAACAUUAACUCCAGACCCUGUAAAGUCUCAGGACGUGGUCUGUCAGCCGAUUAACCUGCUUUAAUAUGUGGACAACACUUGAAGAGGCCAUGAAAGCAGCAAGGGCACAAAGUACUCUGGAUUCAGCACCAACACUGAUUGAGUUGAUUCAGUCCUGAAGGACAGAGCAGCUAGAUGGGGUCUGGGGCAAGCAGUCAGAAACCAUUGGAACAAUCUACCUUACCUCGACCUUGCUAAUCUAUCUGUGGCAACUGCAGUUGUCUCAGAGAAUAUUGGUUGGAGAUUGCAGAGCAUUGUGGAGCCAAAGUCCUGUCUUUACACCUAGAACAUCCUCUGCUGUGUUGUCAAUCAUUACCAUCAGGCUGAAUGGGGUGGACUGAGAACAGAUCUGGCAGCUCAAAACUGGGCAUCCAACAGGCACUGUGGUUGAUCAGCAGCAGCAACAGUCACAACCUGUUACUGCAUGUUCUCCUCCAAAGCGCACGCCACUCUGACUUGGCAAUAGAUCUCCAUUCUGCCAACAUAGUUCAGUCUAAGCAGUGGAAACCUCUCCCUGGCGGUACUGAGGGAACACCUCCACCAGUUCAAGGAGCGACUCACUGGCACUUUCUGGGGCAAUACAUGCUGGCUCUGCCAGAUCUGGAAUAACAAAUAAAUACUUAAAUAAAUAAAUGGACACAUAUCAUGUGUUACACAGGCAAAAUUCUGCAGAUGCUGGAAAUCUGAACAAGAAACAAAAUAGUUGGAAAUGCUUAGCAGGUUGGGCAGCAUCUAUGGUAAUAAAUCAGAGUUUGGUUGAGAUUAAUGAUCUUCCAUAGGUCGGGUAGAUAUUAAAAUUCCGUCUACACUGUCCCAUCAAUCACCAGCACUUCAUGUGUCACAUACAGUGUAACUUCACCAUCAAAAAGGUCUUUGAAACCUACCGAAUAAUGAAAGAUAGAGUGGAUGUGGAGAGGAUGUUUCCAGUUGUGGGAGAGUUUAGGAUCAGAGGGUACAGCCUGAGAAUAAAAGGGCAUUUCUUUAGAAAGGAGAAGAAAAGGAAUUUAUUUGGCCAGAGAGUGGUGAAUCUAUGGAAUUCGUUGCCAAAGAGGACUGUGGAGGCUAAGUCGUUUGGUAUCUAUAAAGCAGAGAUUGAUAGGUUCUUGAUUAGAAAGGGUGUCAAAGAUUAUGGGGCGAAGGCAGGACAAUGAGGUUAAGAAGGAAAAAUAGAUCAGAGGAGCAGAGCAGACUCGAUGGGUUGAAUGGCCUAUUUCUGCUCCUAUGUUUCAUUGUCUAAACACUGGCUGUGUAAGUGCAGCAGGGAUCCGAAAUAAAAUGAAGCCCCUCUACACUGUUCCAUCAAAGAUAACCAAGGAAGGAACGGCAUAGGUCAGAUAAACAAUGAGGCCUUUUCUAAUGGUUGAAAGCAUAGGUUACAUUUCCACAUCCAUCAGCCAUACUGAGUGAGAUAAUCUAGUAAUAAAAUAAGAAAUGAGAAAAAAAAUUACUUUUAUUUGGCCUAAUAAUUGCACAGAAUUCAUUUUGAAAUCCAGUCACUGUCAGGAAUCGGUAAAUAAAGUAACUCAAUGAAAAGACUGACCAUAUUAAACAAACUUUAAUUUCUGAACUCAAUUGGGGAAGAAAGACUAGUCAAUAUGGGCAUCAAGUGAGGAUGAUGAGUCCAUGGUUGAUAAGCUGAUGAGUUACAGAUGGCACUUGAGUACAUUGAAUGUCUGGUGAAAUGGGCAAAAGUGCCAUAGGGAAGCUCAAAUCUUCUUUCAAACUGAAUGGGCAGAUGGAAGCAAAUUCAAUCAUAAAAUUCAUCAAAUGAAACUCCAAGGAUGAUGCCAAGUCUGGGAUGGGGAAUGGCUGUGACUAGACAGAGAGACACAGCACAUUUGACAAAGGGUUGAAUGCCCUCCUAUGUUAUUUCAUUUACCAGGAGAGUAACAGCACAUGUGUUUAAGAAGGAACUGCAGAUGCUGGAAAAUCAAAGGUAGACAAAAAUGCUGGAGAAACUCAGCGGGUGCAGCAGCAUCUAUGGAGCGAAGGAAAUAGGCAACGUUUCGGGCCGAAACCCUUCUUCAGAGUAAAAGCACUUAAUGGACAAUUUCCCACUAAAGGAGCAAAGUAACUCGUUUUAAAUACUCUUUAAUGUGCAAUAAGAUUCAUUUUCACUUGUGAAAUGCAGGGAUCAAUAAUGCCUCCUGUAUCAAUGCAGCAAGAAUUAUAAGCCGCUGCCCUGAGUUCACCCCACAGCCUCAACUACAUAUUUAAAACAGAGUCUGUCUAUAAUUCAGUAAAGUACAUUCUGUUUGAUUUUUCUAUCCAUGUUUACUUGGACAACUUGUAAUGCUCACAAAGGCUAUGUUACAUAAAAUAUCUAUACACCUUGUAUAGUUUUUGUUGGCUAUGCAACUAUAGCUCCAAUUGUUUGUGACUGAACAUUUGCCCUGCCUCUGUUGUCAAGAAUUGUAUUUGUUCCGAUACGUCGUCAUGAAAUUUUGCAGAAAAAUGGAGAAUUCAUAUUUUUAAACAAUAAAAUAUAUACCAUAUCAG